AAUAGGCCUCAGCAGAAGGCUAAACACAUCAAACCAAAAGGUGUCUCCCAUUCUCAUAUCCUCAAACUCAACACAGAGAAAAGAGUUUCAGAAUCAGAUAUGGCUUGCCAUCUUAGAUCAAUUAGUUUGCCUUCUAGGCCUCACACCAAAGUUGAAGAGGAGCUGCAGAGCCUAGAGGCAUGCAUCUCUUCACCCUCCAUGACCAUUGACACAAUCUCUGAUGGUUUGAGGAGGCUUGGAGACAUCUAUGGCACUAUUGAGGAGAUCAUGUGUCUUCCUAGCAACCAAGUUUGCUCGUCGCAGCAAAGGAAGAUGUUGGAUACAGAAAUGGGGUGCUCCCUUGAGCUACUAGAUCUCUGCAAUGCUAUGCACGAGGACUUCACCGAGUUGAAGGCCAUUAUCCAAGAUCUGCAAGUUGCAACCAGGAAAGGAGAUGAUGCAGUCGUUCAAGUCAAGAUCCAGUCUUACAGCCGCCUGGUAAAGAAGGCAAAGAAACAUUUCAAGAAGGCCGAGAUGAAGGCUACUUCUUCCAAGGAGGAUUGCAGGAUGGUCAGGCUGUUGAGCGAGGCUAGAGAGAUCACUACCUCUCUGCUCGAGUCAACAUUGAACCUCCUGUCCAAGCAAAUUGCAACCCCAAAGCGGUCUCUCGUCUCCAAGGCAUUCCAGAAGAAAACAUCAGUUGUUUGCAAGGAGGAGCAGUUGCAGGUCCUAGAGUGCAGUGUCGGAGAUCUUGAGGCUGGAGCAGGAAUUCUGUUCCGGAGAUUGGUCCAGAGCAGAGUUACCCUCCUAAACAUUCUUAGCUCAUAGAUACUCCUCAACAUGUGUUACUCUUGACACCUGUGAUUGGCUUCCACCUUUUAAAGGAUUGCCAUUCCCAUUGUAUAUGUAGAAAUGUACAGAAAUCUCCAUAGAGAAAACUAGAAAGGAAACAUAAAGUUUUGAUCCAA